GGAAAAGCCCCUUUGCGGACUUCGCAGACAAGCUUCACUCAUUCAUUCACCCACGAACUCGAGUAGUUUCCUUCAUUCACUCUUUAUACGUCAUUAUUUACUUUACGUACUGUCGCUCUUUGGCCCUAGGCAACCUUUUUCUUCCCACCCAUCGUACCGCCGAGUCGACAUAUACGCGACUCAUACUCGACCGUUUCCUUAAUCCGUGAUACGAAACAACAGAAACAUAUCAAUCAGAACAUCUGUCAAUAUGUUCGGAAAAGCGAAUUUUUUGCUGGCGUUUGUGGCAGUAGCGAAGUUGGUGGUUGCAACGCCGCCAGCUUGUCUGUUGGGUGCUAUCAACACCUACUCGACCCCUUCUGACAUCUCAGCUGUGUGCAAAAGCAAGGACAUCACCGGCACGAUUGCGAAGUUCUGUGGAAAUGACACCAAGGAUGCAUUGAGCGCGUUUGCUGAUGUCUGCAAUAAGGCUGGCGUGAAAGUUUCAACCGAUAUCCCCACGACCGCAACCGGCUCCGUCAAGCCCUCGGGCACCGGCAACGCCUCCUCCAUCAUCGUGUACACCACCACGUCCUUCGACUCAUCCUGCUCCUGUACCAAGACCGCCGCCAUCACCUCCCAAGUCGCUGUUGGCCCUACCAUUGGUCUCGCCACCACCACGGGCUCUGGUUCGCCGUCUGGCACUGGAACGGCUGGUGCGCCGCAGGGUACGGGUGCGGCCGGUAAGACGAGGAUCAGUGCUGCCGCGCUGUUGGCAGGGUUGGGCGUUAUGGCUGCCGCUUUGUAGGCGGGAAAAUAACGUUAUCGUGAGGCGGGCUUGCAAGGGGGACUGGGUACCUGAAAUGGUAGAUAGAGCGAGGCGACCAUUUUGGGGAAGAUGUGGGGAGAUGUUAGUGGAUGGUGAUGAUUGUACAAAGUGGAUUUUUUCCCAUCUCCAUCGAUUCAAGACAUUCUACACGGGGUCAAUUACAACAAAGAGAUACUGGAUUUUAAUUGGUCUGAUCCUUCUUGGAUUCCCCUGGAUACUUCGCCGAGCGAUCAUUCGGGCGUGGGGCGAUUUAGGAUGUGAAAUAUAAUGGGUAUGGUGUCAAAAUUGAACAUAACUUUCUCCUUUAUCAGACAUGUGGACAAAAUCAACUAAUUCGCUGAC